CCUUUUCGAAGUCUCUUUUAUUGUUGUGCUUAACCAUGGGUUUGUGUAAAUGUCCCAAGCGGAAAGUGACCAAUCUGUUUUGCUUUGAACACAGAGUCAAUGUGUGUGAACAUUGUCUUGUUGCCAACCAUCCUCAGUGUAUUGUUAAGUCCUACUUGCAAUGGCUUCAGGACAGCGAUUACAGCCCUCUGUGUACCUUGUGCAAUCGUGGUCUGUCAGAUGAGGAAUGUGGGGAGUGUGUCAGAUUGUCUUGUUAUGAUGUGUUCCACUGGUCAUGCCUGAACCAGUAUGCACAGCAGUUCCCAGCCCAUACAGCCCCUGCUGGCUACACCUGCCCUCUGUGCAACAGCUGCAUCUUUCCCCAGACCAACUUGGCUUCACCAGUGGCAGAUGCACUCCGGUCUCUCCUCAAGCAAGUCAACUGGGCCCGGGCAGGUCUUGGCUUACCACUGAUAGAGGAGUCAGAGGCUCCACUUCCUCCUCCCCCCUCGUCUCAGAGCGCAACGAGUUUGACAGCCACAAGCAAUGGACAAGCAGGAAGUCAGCUGAGGUCAGAUGCUACCCUGGGCUAUGUGUCUGGUCUCGGUGUGUCACCAGCUCCAAACAGUGGGACAACCACCUCUGGGGGAAGACCCAGUGCCCAGGUGGCACCCUAUCUGGCAACUCCACCUGGCUACAGCAGUAACCAGCACAGUGUGAUCAGCGUGGAUGAAGGUACCUCUGUCAGAGGACAGGACAGAUUUGUCCAGUUCACCAACCCUCGCAAACUGUUUGACACCACCAAGGAUGAUGACGUUUUUCAGGAUGCAGGGAGGUCACAUGACCACGAUGAAGACAAGUACAAGCGGCGACCUGCUCUGCAGUGGUUAGCUCGCUGGUUCAACUCUAUUGAUGGGCAGAAGAAGAAAGAUCCGAAUGCAGUACGCAAGAGAUUUGCUGUGGUGCUACUUCUGGGCAUCAUCGGCUUCAUCACAAUCAUCAUUAUCUUCUCCAAGCUUGGCAGACAAGCCACAGAGGAUGACCCAUUCUUCGACCCAAUGGCCAACCCGAACAUCAAGGUGGAGAAGGAGGUGCUCGGGGUACAGUGAUAGCUCAACGAGGUCUUGCUGGUGUACUUUUGGUGACCAGAAGGAAUCUCCUGCUAAUGGUCAAACUGGGACAUCGGGGUCUCUAAAUAACUGCCCUCAUACUAUUCUAAUGCUAUAGGUUCUGUGGGGAUGUAUUUUAAUUUCCUUUUGUGUGAAUGUAUUCAAAGUGAGACAACUGUAAAGAAGGAACAUUUCUCACUUCCAGGCCUCACCAUUCCCUGUAAGGGUUUUAGCCAAGUGUUGAUGGCCAGCACUUUACAUAAUAUCUAUGGCGUUAUACUUUGUCUUUGUAACUGGAAGAAAAAAGGUAAACUCUUCCUUUGCUCUAAAAUCAUUGCAAGGUCAAUCUGUGGGUCCUCUUUAUUUCCCCGGAACAAGGACAAACAUCCAUUCAGACUUACUAGCAUUGAUAUUAGCAAUAAAUUAAACGGUCUUGAAAUCAGUUUCGAGCAGGGGUUGUUGGAGAAGUUUUCCAAGAAACAAGGUGCAUGAUUUCGAGCAUAAACCCAUGGAUAUGAUGUUGUGGUACUUGACUACAGGAACUGCCUUCUGGUACUCAUAGGUCUUGUGUUGCUGUGAGAGCUUGUUAACACUACCAGACAAAGAAAUGGUUACUGCUAUUAGUCAACAAACUUAACCAGACAUGGGGAUCGGGCCAUCAGCUUAUUGUCAUGCCUACAUUUAAAGUACAGCUAUAAGGAAGCAAGAACCUAAUGAGAUGUCUGGAUGGGGACAUUAUCAUAUUGUCAGCCAUUACCUGUUCUGCGUAUAGUAUUUUGGCCGGAGUUUUUGUUUUUCCUUGAUGCAUACUUUGCCCAGCCACAAAAACUACUGCUGUACACUUUCUGCAAUUUCCCAAAUCUGUUCUUCACAAGUCUGUUAUGCUCUGUGAAAGUUUUUAAAAGUUAAAAAAGUUUGGCUAGGGCUAGCUCACCAGGAUACUGACUGAAGAACUUAAUGUUUUAUCAGUUUUGUUUGCAAAGAUGUUAUGAUGGGAAUACAUGGGCACAGAAUGGCAGUCUUAUAGCACAGCUGUUCCCACCCACCCGCUCCCCCAUUGACACUUUGCCUCCUACCUGUUUGAGUUUCCAUGCUAAUUGUCCCAUUUCAUGUGUCACAAGGUCAGUAUUUCCUUCUGUACUAAUGAGGUAAUUGCCUGAUCUGCUGUUCCUAUCUAUGUCUCUCUCUGGAGGGGGGGGGGGUGUCAUGAACUACUUGUAGGACUGCCGGAUCACACUGUGAUGAACAAAACUUGCAGAGACAGGGUUUGUUGCACAGACGUAGUCUUCAGUGUGGGAUGGUCAGUUUUUAUAUAUUUUUUCCUUUAUUUUACCUUUCUUUGAUGGUUGGCAUCGUAAAAUAAUUGUCAGUGGAACUACCAGUACUUCGAAGAAGGAAGCAAUUUAAAGAGGGAACAAACUCUUGUAUUUGAGACAUUGAAUACUUUGUACAAACUUGAUAUAAUAAUCUUAUAACAUGUACAUAGAUACAAUUUUCAUUGCUUUUUGCCGAUAUUGUUCACACAUAGAUGAGUGGAAAUUGAAUGCUGACAGUGCUGAGAGCUCAAAUACUUAUGAAAAUCUUACAACUUUCUCCUGGCUUGGUUUACUCUGGUUUUAUGUUUUUUUAAUGAUUGUCAGAUGUCUGUUUAUAGCACAGCUAUGUACGUUAGAAGUGAUGUUUGAGAUGGUCAGAUUUAUUUAGCUGAUUGCUUUGUCCCUAGCAAUAUUGCUAAACAGUUGACUGAACAUAUCAGUUGCAUGUGAAGUCCUCCUGCAUCCCAAGGUCCUGUCAAGACUAAAUAGUCAAAGAAGUCAACUUAACUCAUCAAAAUACUCUUGGCUUACAAGUUGAGCAUCUGACUGCUUUUUCAUCAUGCACUUGCACAUUUCGUAGUCAAAAGCAUUUUUCUUUUUCAAAGGAUGAGAAUUUAUGUUUAAAGUAUGCGCACUGGUGGAAGUGGGAGAUUUAAAUUGCAUAAACAUGAGGAAAUGUGCUCUCUCAAAAAUUACAAAUUGGUUUCCUGUGUGAAAUGGUCAACAGUGUCAGAAGGAGGCUGAAUUUUUAAAGUUUUUUCUUAAGCAUGAAGAGAUGCUAUAGACUGAAGAAUAGGUCAACACAAGACUUCAUCCCUAUAUAGCUGUGGAAGUCAUGUGUACCUGUGUUUAUUUCCUUUUAGCUCCUCAACUACUUAGUGCAAGUCUCCACCAUAUGCCAUUUUGAAAAGUGACGUAUAUAAUGGAGUCUUACACUGAGCAGUUAUGUUCUAAAGAAAAGAAUGACUGCAUGUGUAUCAUGUUUUGUGGGUCCAACUCUCUUACUGCUCAUUUGUUAGUGACAUGUGUGUUUGUGAUUGGGAGUGUUCAUACCAUUUGCUUGUAUGUUGCCGACUGUAAAUAUAAUUGGUGAUCAGGUGGCAUGUGUGUUUGUGGACUUUGAGAUAUGUAUGCAGUGAGUUGGAGAUGACUCCUACAAUGCUUUGAAUGACGAAAGUUUAGCUGUGGAGAAGCAGAGAGAAAGUUGACUGCUGUGAAAAGAACAUUAAUCCUUUGUUCAAGUGAUACCUUUUGUUAAUAUCAUUUUCAAUGCAUUUGUUAUUUAUUGCUUUACAAGCACUUGUCUAUCUAGAAUGAAAGAAUUAGGAGCUAAGCCACUACUCAAAAUGUGAUACAUAAUGGUGCAUGUUCAUUGGUAUUUUGUUUUUCUAUUUAAAAAAACAAAGUUUUUGACAACUGCCUCUCUCUUUUUUUUUUUUUUUUGGUAGAUCAUACUGCUCAUGAAAUGUACAAAUUUGAAUGUUUCUCAAUUCAUGUCCAUGUGGGCUUAUGUGGAAUACAAAUUAAUAACCAUGUUUCUCAAAUAAAGAUGGAGCAUUCCAUUGGCAACUGAC